CAAAUAAAAUAAGUUUUUAAACAUGCUAAUAACUAAUAAGUCAAUUAAACUUUAAAAAGUUUAGACUUAAAUUUAAAAAUAAACAUAUAAUAAAUUACCAAUCAAACUUAAAUUUUAAAGAUUUUCAAUAGAUUAAACUUAAAUUUAACAAAAGUAGCUCGACUCAACCUAUUCUGAUUUCUAAUCUUAAUUUUGUCUAAAUAAUAAAUACAUAAUAGUAAAAGACAUGGUGGCAAACGGGCAAGCCCGUCCCAUUUAGGCCCGCCCCGCAAAAGCAUGGAAAUAAUGGGGCGGGGUGAGACAGACAUAUUUGAUUGUGCGGGUUUAAAAUUUUGUCCCGCCCCGCAAAAAAAUGAGAGCGGGGCGGGAAAACCCGCAGAGAAUGAAUCUUUUAAGCCUAAAAAUAAUAAAAUUGUAUGAAAAAGCUAAUGCCCGCAAAAAAACGAGACGGAGCGAAGCGGAGCGGACACAUUAAAGGAAGUAGACCUAAAACUUUGUCCCGCCCCGCGUAAAAGUGCGGACAGAACAGACUUUCCCAAUGAGCCGGACCCGUUUUUGCCACCCCUAAGCAAAACUAUGAGUGACAAUUGUUGAGAAAUUAACUUACACUUUCCACUUUAAGUUUAAAAAUUACCAAAAAAAAUUAUAUUAAUUCUCGCGCCCAUGUCAAAGAUAGUGCGGAUAGAACCAUAGAAGAUGGAGUCCAAAACUUUGAACCGUCCCAAAAAUAAUUGUUUAUAACAGGGAGUAUGGACUUAUUUGCCAUCGUCAAGCAAAAAAAAAUUGGAGCCAAUUUUUUAAAUAGUUAAAUAAUAAUAAUAAUAAUAAUAAUAAUAAUAAUAAUAAUAAUAAUAAUAAUAAUAAUAAUAAUAAUAAUAAUAAUAAUAUUUUUAAAUACAGAAAAAGAGCAGACAUGGGAGCACGUGAGAGAAGUUCACAACAGCAGGGGGCUGCACACCGUGGUUGAACGAGGCUGUUGGAGGAGGCACACGGUGAAGAAAAGGAAAAAUGAAGGGGGCGAAACGCCACCACAAAGGCAUGGAAUUUCCCGUUGUACGCGUCGGCGGGAUGCGUUCAGGCGUUCUGGUGGCGAGAUGUAUGUCUGGCCUUGAAGAUGGCUGUUGACCGGAGAUGGUGGAUGAGCUAUCGGCGGGGAGUCGGUUCCAUGUUAAUUAAAUCCACAGACGCAACUUGAACAAAAAUUGACCCGUUUUUAUUCGGUGGUAUCGGGCAUGGAUCAAGUUCAUAUUAUUAUGGGCAGUAUAUUCAUCAUUCUUCACCCCAAUGGAGUUUGGAUUUUUUCGUGGCCUGCCAGAGAAUCUCUUUAUACUGGACAUCAUAGGACAAAUAGCUUUUCUUGUAGACAUUGUUUUGCAGUUCUUUGUCGCUUUUAGAGACAGUCAAACCUAUCACAUGGUCUACAGGCGUACUCCUAUUGCUCUGCGGUAUCUAAAAUCUAGUUUUGUCAUUGAUCUUCUUGGAUGUAUGCCCUGGGACCUCAUCUACAAGGCUUGUGGACGGAGAGAGGAAGUGAGGUUCCUAUUGUGGAUCAGAUUAUAUAGGGCGCAGAGAGUCGUGCAAUUUUUCAGGAAUUUGGAAAAAGACAUACGUGUCAAUUACAUUAUUGCUCGGAUUGUGAAGCUUUUAGUUGUUGAACUCUACUGCACCCACACCGCAGCUUGCAUUUUCUAUUAUUUGGCUACUACACUACCUGAAUCGCAAGAGGGUUACACGUGGAUAGGAAGUUUGAAACUGGGUGACUAUAGUUAUUCAAAAUUCAGAGAAAUUGAUCUUUGGAAGCGCUACACAACAUCAAUGUAUUUUGCUAUUGUUACGAUGGCUACUGUUGGCUAUGGUGAUAUACAUGCUGUAAAUAUGAGGGAGAUGAUAUUCAUAAUGGUUUAUGUUUCAUUUGAUAUGGUUCUUGGUGCUUAUUUGAUCGGUAACAUGACGGCUUUAAUAGUCAAGGGAUCAAAGACUGAAAAGUUUAGGGACAGGAUGACAGAUUUGAUGAAAUAUAUGAAUAGAAAUAAACUUGGUAGGGAUAUCCGUGAACAAAUAAAGGGUCAUGUUCGCUUGCAGUUUGAGAGCAGCUACACCGACGCUGCUGUCCUUAAGGACAUUCCCAUUUCUAUUCGAUCUAAGAUAUCCCAAUCAUUGUAUUUGCCAUAUAUUGAAAACAUUCCUCUUUUUAAAGAAUGCUCUUCAGAAUUCAUCAACCAGAUUGUUACUAGGCUCCAUGAGGAAUUCUUUCUUCCAGGAGAAGUCAUAAUGCAACAAGGACACGCUGUUGAUCAACUAUAUUUUGUCUGUGAUGGUGUGCUGGAAGAAGUAGGCACAGCUGACGAUGGGUCCGAAGAAACUGUUUCACUUUUAGAGCGCAAUAGUUCAUUUGGAGAAAUAUCUAUUCUUUGCAACAUUCCUCAGCCAUAUACUGUCCGUGUUUGUGAACUGUGUAGGGUCCUGCGGCUUGAUAAACAAUCAUUUUCAAAUAUCUUAGAUAUAUACUUUUAUGAUGGGAAGAAAGUAUUAGACAAUCUUGUAGAGGGAAAAGAGUCUAUUAGAGGUAAGCAAUUGGAGUCAGACAUCACAUUUCAUAUUGGAAAGCUAGAAUCUGAACUUGCUUUGAAGGUCAAUAGAGCAGCUUUUGAUGGUGAUAUGUAUCAGCUAAUAAGUUUGAUUCGAGCUGGAGCUGAUCCAAAGAAGACAGAUUAUGAUGGAAGGUCACCUUUGCAUCUUGCGGCAUGCAGAGGAUAUGAAGAUAUCACACUUCUCCUAAUUCAUGAAGGUGUAGAGAUCAACAUCAAAGAUAACUUCGGGAACACACCACUACUUGAAGCAGUUAAGAAUGGACACGAUCGGAUUGCUUCUUUACUUGUUAGGGAAGGGGCCUCUAUGAAGAUAGAUGAUGGUGGUAGUUUUUUAUGCCAAGCAGUUGCAAGAGGAGAUUCGGAUUAUCUUAAAAGGCUUUUAUCUAAUGGAAUGGAUCCCAAUUUGAAAAAUUAUGACUAUCGAACCCCUCUACAUGUUGCUGCAUCUGAAGGUUUAAUCUUCAUGGCAAAGUUGCUAUUAGAAGCUGGAGCCAGUGUUUUUACUAAAGACAGGUGGGGAAAUACUCCGCUUGAUGAAGCUCGAAUGAGUGGAAAUAAGAAUCUGAUAAAGAUGCUGGAAGAUGCAAAAUCUGCUCAGUUGACAGAAUACCCUUUUCCCCAAGAAAUUACAGAUAAAGUACAUCCAAAGAAGUGCACAGUGUUCCCUUUCCACCCAUGGGAUCCAAAAGAGUGUAGAAAAAAUGGAAUAGUAUUAUGGGUUCCACACACCAUUGAAGAGCUAAUCAAAACAGCAGCAGAACAGAUAGGAUUUUCUAGUGACUCUUGUAUUUUAUCAGAAGAUGCUGGUAAAAUUAUUGAUGUGGGCAUGAUUAAGGAUGAUCAGAAACUGUAUUUAGUCCUUGAAACACAUUAGGCAAUUAUAUUAUGGUUCUUUUACAAUCAUAUAAUAAUGUGGCCUCUUUGUAAUGUGCUGUAAUAUAGAAAUAAGCUCAAUAUUUGAUCGUAUUAAUGUUAUGCAGUUAAUUUAUGGUAAAUGUCCAACGCAAUGUAGGAGGAUUGCUUGCGCGUAUCGACAGAGAAA